CUACAGACGAUGGUGGGCCCCGAGAGCUACAUUUUGGAGUGCUCCCGAGGGCUACUGAACCAGUCCUUGCAGCUGAAAGCCCCGAAAGCCCUAGCUUCGAAACCAAGAAAACGAAAACCUGCAAAUGCCAUCUCUCCCAUUCUUCCCCAAACGGAGGCUUUGAUCUUGCCCAACCAUUGUAUUACACAAUUUUUUCUAUAACAACAUGAAUCGUGGCAAGCCACAUUUUGGUAAACGACCUCACUCACAAUUUGACAAUAGAAAGAAUAACGGAAAAAGCAAAAGGCACAAUUCUACACGCGACCAUAGUACUGCACUUCCGAAAUCUAUUGAUACCAUUUACCGUAUUCUUUGCCCUGGGAAGAAGAUUGGCGGGGUUAUUGGAAAAGGUGGGAGCAUAAUCAACACCCUUAGAGAUGAGACCGGUGCAAAGAUUCGGGUUGCUGAAACCAUUCCUGGUGUGGAUGAGAGAGUAAUCAUUAUUUUUAGCUCUCCAACAAGAAAAUUUGGUGUGGGUAAAGAUUCUGAGAAUGGCGAGCUCACUGAGAAAGAACACGAGCUCAUGGAGCCCCAUUGUGCUGCCCAAGACGCUCUCUUGAGGGUUCAUGAUAGGAUUGUUGUGGAAGAAGAUCAAUACGGGGGAUUGACACAUGAAACUGAUGAACAUGACGAUCUUUUCAUGGCUCGGCUUCUAGUGCCAAACAAUCAAGUCGGGUGUCUUCUUGGUAAAGGGGGAGGCAUUAUUCAGAAAUUGCGAAGUGAAACUGGUGCGACCAUCCGUAUUCUGCCCAUGGAGCAUCUUCCAAGCGGCGCAAUGAUCACUGAUGAAUUAGUGCAGAUAUCCGGCACACUGAAUGUGGUGAAGAAGGCUCUAUAUGAAGUUUCCACCUUGUUGCACCAAAACCCUCGUAAAGAAAACCCUCCUCCUUUACCCACUGGUCCCCAUGGUUUAUAUCCAUCUGGUGCUCCCAUGCCACCUAUGCCGCCACAAGGCAAUCCGAUGUGGUCUAAUCAAAACUCUGGUGCCCAUGGAGCACCCCCAAUGCCAUGGUUUGGAGGAUACAGGAAUGAAGCACCUCCAUUCCCCACUGGUGGUUUCAAUGGCAUUCCUGCUCGAAAUGAUGGGGAAGCAGCUCAGUUUUCUAUGAAAAUUUUGUGCCCCGUUGAGAAAACUGGUGGGGUGAUUGGCAAGGGAGGCAGUAAUGUAAAACAGUUGGAGAAAGAGACGGGCGCUAACAUUCAAGUAGAGAAUGCAGUUCCGAAUGCAGAAGAGCGUGUUAUUAUUGUCUCCGCUACAGAAGCUCCAUGGGACCCACGAUCUCCAACUAUUCAGGCCAUUCUUCAGCUUCAGAGCAGAACUAGUGAAAUCACGGAGAAAGGUAUCGUCAGUACAAGGCUUCUUGUUCCAUCAAGUAAGGUUGGCUGCCUCCUCGGACAAGGUGGUCACGUAAUUACGGAGAUGAGAAGGAGAACACAAGCAGACAUACGUGUUUACUCCAAGAAUGAUAAGCCAAACUGCGCAUCUGCAGAUGAAGAGCUUGUGCAGAUAUCUGGAAAUAUGGGUGUUGCUAAAGAUGCCCUGUCAGAGAUUGCAUCAAGACUUAGGGAGAGAACUCUUCGAGGUGCAAAUGCUGCAGUAAAUCCUGUACCUGCAGGUCCAAUUCGGGGAGCUGCACCUCCAGGAAACUUCUCUGGAAGAGAGCUUCCUCCCCCUGGCAUGAUAGGGCCUGGGGGCUCUGGCAGUUUUGAUCAUUUGAAGGGUGGUCCACACGGAUAUGAAGCUCAGGGACAUCCAGUCCAGCCACCUGCUCCUGGGUACCCAAACAUUAACAGCUCUGUGGAGGUUAAGAUUCCAAACAGUGCAGUGGCUGCUGUUCUUGGAAUGGGUGGAAGCAACAUUUCCAAUAUCCGUCAGAUUUCUGGGGCGAAAGUGAAACUACAUGAUUCUCAGUCAGGGGCUUCAGAAUGCAUUGUAGAGAUCCACGGGUCAUCUGAGCAAAUGAAUGCAGCGCAAAGCCUCCUUCAGGCCUUUGUAGCUUCUGGUGGAGCUGCGCAAAGAGGUAUGAACCCACCAUCCUACUAGCAAAAGAAUCUUCAAAAGGUUUCCAUCUAGUUUCUGACCAGCCAUCCUCAUUUCCAUGAAUGAAAAAAAAAAAAAAAAAUUGAAAGAAAAGGAAAAUAUCAGCUAGAAUGGGAUCAGAAGAGGCAUUUUGUAAAGCACUGGCUGAGACAUUUGUAUAUUUCUAAUCAUACAAUGUGUGGUUUUCGCAACUAGGAAAAUGUGUAUCUUUCUGUUUGAUAGAGAAAAGAGAAGUGUGGAAACUUGCCGUGUGGGGAGAAA